AUUUCUUAAGUAUUGACUACAUGUAGUCAUUAUUUAAGUGUGAGUUAAGACUCAUAUAUUUUGUUAGAUUUAUUGUUUCAUAACAAAGAAAUUUAUUUUGCUUUUAGAUCUGAAAAUACAGACAAAAACCAAAUGGUUACAUAUAUCCAAUUAUAUAGUAGUUUGUAACUAUAUAAAUAAAUAUUGCUUAAAAUGAGUUAAUCGUAAAUAUGUAUCAAUACGCUUAAAAAGGUGUGGUAUAUAUUUGUAAAACAAAUGUCAACUUGAUAAAAUGAGGUUUAAUAAGCAAGAGCUGGCUGCAUUAGCUUCGCAGACUUCUCAAAGUUUCGAUCGCGAAGGGGUCAUGGUGCUGAGGGAAAAGCAAGACGGAUUUUUUCGCCGUUCAGAAGGUUGCUCCUUACGCUGGUUUCGUCUCAGAGGCAACCUUUUAUUUUAUUUAAAAGGUCCUGAGCCAUGGCAUGAACCGGUCGGUAUAAUUGUCUUAGGUCAUCAUCAAGUUAAAGUACAGACUCAAGAUGAAAAUGGAUACUGGCCGUUUCAAAUAGUGUGGGAAAACGGAAUUAGCUAUAGAAUGGCCACAUUCCAUGAAGCUGAUCGUACAUUAUGGUUGAACGCUAUAAAAAUGGCACCAUAUGAUGUUGUAAAUGCACAAAUAAUUGCACUUAAAGAGAAACUUAACAAAAUAAGGGCAGUUACUGAUAUAACAACAUAUAGAUUGCAAAAAGGGAUUGUAUUAGAUACAAAUGAAGUACCGCUGUGUGAGCUAGCUCUGUCUUGUGAUAAUCUUUUAUGUGAUGCACAUGGUCGACCACCGUCACCACUUAUUGUAGUUUAUGUCAAAUAUUCUAAAGGCCUUUGUGUCAAAUAUGGAACAACAGAGAUUGUAGAGACUUGCAGUAAUCCCAGUUUUUCGAAGACUGUAUUGUUUCGUGCUAGUGAUGGAUUAACUCGAGAUGCAAUAGUAAGGAUAGUCGUAUACGACGUUAAAGAGAGAGUUUCAGAAACAGCUGUACCAAUGGGUUUCACUUCUUUGCAACUGAGUACUAUACAGGAAGCUCAAAGAUUACGAGUGGGACUUGUUACCCGUGACAACAAAACUAUUGGGUUUGUGACAAUAAAUGGAUGGAGCUUAGAACCUUCGUAUAUUGGAACCAGUCCAAGCCAUGCAAAUGAUAGAAAUUGUAUAGACGUCCCACAAAAAGUUCUAUGUCACCGACGUUCACAGUCACUACCUCCUAGGCUCGGUUUGAAGUUAAAAUUUCCGUCUUAUGGAAACCUUUUAAAACAGAAUUUCGUCAACAGCCAUCAAGUUACAUACAGGUUCCAUUCCGGCCUAGGAGGAGAUAUAACAGUUCACGAAAUUAUGGCUGAACCGAAACUGUGUUACCAAAUGCCGAUGCAAGUAUUAGAUAUAUACAUUCAACGAGAGAAAGAGCUCUUGGAAGAGCUCUUAUCAGUGGGAGAUGUCUGUGGACAUUGGAAAAGUAAACAGUUGGGAUUAGCGAGUACACAUGUAUCGUUAUUGAAGCAUUACUGCCAUUCUAAGAGGUGCUUACAUCAAGCUGAACAUGCAUACUUCAAAGCAAGUUCUAAGAAAGACGAUUCAAGCUUAGAAUUCGCUCCAAUAAACCUGCACCUUCAAAGGAUGUGGGUAUACAACGAUACCUUGAACAAGACUGGGUUUCAUGACGUCAUCACAGCGGGUGCGUUUGCUGCGCACACGCAUAAAGCUGAACGUACUGGCGGUUUAAUUAGACUCGUACAACAAGUGAAAGACAUAAGUAACACGAAGGCAGCAUUGAACUACGCAGCCGCGAAUAAGAUUCAGGCUGAAUACGAUAACGUUGUGGCGCUGAUAAGAUUACGAGACGAAAUUUCGACUGACAUGGACCGGAUAGUUGUUCUCUUACAAGCCGUUCAAAGGGAUGAAGUCAUUAAUAUAGCUGAGGUUAUUAAGACUAAAUUUAAAGUCAUGCUCGAACUGUGGAGACCCGCUGUCGUCGAGGAAUCGCUGGCAAUUAUUGGAUGGGCCAAACAUAGUUGCAGCGAUGACUCGGAAAAUCAAACAAUGUCAACGUUAGUGCGUCUCACGGAACAGUUGAGUCUCUUCGACGCGAAUUCAGAUUGCGAUACAUUCGAAGCUUCCUCCAGCUCUAGUUCCAAAGAAACGUCGCCCACAGUCGAUUUCGCCUCGUUUCCAUCGAGCUCCUACAUAUGUUCGAAUAAUUGCCAGAAACUCGAUAAAGAUUUAAAUAAGCACGGGAGCGAGUUGCAAUUCUAUAACGAUUAUUUCAACAGUGAAGAGCGUAAUAGAUUGAAUCAUUCAUUCAGAUCGGUCCGUUCGCCGACGAGGCCGAAAUUGAACGAUACUCAUAGUUUUUCAUUCGAUUCAAAAAGGACGAGGCAUGGGAGUUUGAGACAUGAUUUUAAAAGUACCGCAUCCUUGGAGCAAGUUUCGUAUCGAUGUCUCAUGGAGAGUUUGAGUGGAAUUGAUAAGAAAAAGAAUUCUGACUUGAAGAAGGAUUCUUCAUCUCUACCGAGUAUAGGCCAAAUAGAUUCGACGACACGAGAGAAUAAUCUGGCCUUUCUGAAAGGCAUCGGUGCUGAUGUCGAGGCGACUAUUAAUUUAGUUCUAGAAACAUCUACCAAAUUAGCUGAAGGUUCUGAAGAUAUAACGGAAGAUGAUCUCGAGUGUCUCAGGAGCCAGACAGAGGACUUCAAAUUGACGGCGGAGUCCUUGGCACGCUGGUCGCGUGUUGCUCACGCAGCUUUGCGACUCAGAUGCGAAUCACCCACAUGGGCUCGUGAGCACGCUGCCUUGCAGACUAGACGAGACACGUGUUUCUCACAAGCGCUCACAACGCUAACAGCGGGCUUGCUCUGUUGGUUCUGUUCAAUGCCCAGCGAUAUAAUCGUGAAGGUGUUAACUUCUGAACUUGGUCCACUAUGUGGUUUCGAAGGUCUUUUAAGCCUUUAUUCCACCGAGAAAGCGAUGUGGGGUGAUAUGGUCGUGGCUGUUGAGGAUCUCCAAACAGUUGUCUUUACAUUGACAAAAGUUGGACACAGUAAUAUGGCUAUACCUCAAGUGACUGGAACAAGAGGUGCGUUAACAGUCUACAUACCCGUCUCAGAUUCCCUCUACAAUAAAUUUACGAAUAAGCAGCACUUAAGCUUUACAAUAACGGCAGUAUUUUUCAAUAUCGGUGUAAAUGAAAAAGCAACGCUCGCUGAAGCCCUAGGCGAAACCACACCACAGUAUCAUUCAAAUAAUGACAACUUGGAUAGAGUUUAUAAAUAUUAUCACAAGUAUAAUAAAGUGUUCCCAGCUGAUCCACUGGCUCCUAACCGAGCAUCAUCAAGAACCAAGCCGUUAGAAGAAGUAAUGGAAAAUUUACGCAUUGCUGUUCAUAAGAAAGUUCCUAAGAAUAUAGAAGUACUACAUCUAGCUGCGUUAGCUACAAGACUUAUGAAUGGAAUACGAUAUACAUCGUGUAAAAGUGCAAAAGAUAGAACUGGAAUGUCAGUAACGUUAGAACAAUGUACGAUACUGGCCUCCGAAUAUCAUUUAGCAGAACACGAAAUGAAAAAGGCACUCAAUAUAAUGAGAAGUGAAGGGUGUCGACGAGAGAACACAUACAAGAAUAUCGGCAUUAGAAAGUUCGCGUUUACAAAAAAGCAAGUGAUGUCACUUCCCGAGGAAUACAGGCCGCCCCCCGGUACUUAUGGUUCAACCCAGACUUAAUUCAAAUGCAAUAAUCCCUUUACUAAUAUAAGUAACGUUGUAUAGUUUUCGUAUUGUAUACAAUAUUUUGUCUUCUUCAUCGAAAGUCGCAUUACUUAUGACAUGACAGAGAGAAGCAAAUCGGUAGUCUUAUAAUAAAUGUACUUAAAAAUAAUUUGACAACCGAUGAUGAAUUCCUAAAAGUAUAUUAAAAAACGAAAUAUAUAUUAUUACAUAACAUAUAUAAAUGUAAGUAGUGUUAUUAAAUUAUUUGGUUAAAACUGUCGGAAGGUUACCGAAACAAAAUGAAAAAAAUAUGCACAUAGUAAAGUUGCAUAGUAAACUAGUAAACAAGUGCAAAAUCAUGAAAAUUCCAUUUUCAGACAAAUUUUCGUACAUUUUUAACAUAUAUAAUUAAAUAUUGAGAAUGACGUUUCAGCUGCAUUCGGUGAUAUAUUAAAUUUAAUAUGAGAUGUCAAUACUUAUUUUUAUGUAAAAUUGCUUGAAUGCUUAUUGGAGAACAGACGAAAAUACCAAAUUUAUUUAUGACAACUAAUUAAGUCGUAAUAUUAGUUUAGCGUAAAGCUCCAAUGAUACAUGGAGAUCAAACCUUGUUUUUAUAUAUUCCAUUAGAUUUGUUGGCUCUGCUAUGCACUACAAAACAGUGUUAUUAUGUUUACAUAAUACUUCCAAAGUUACGAUAUCAAUUUCACCGAUAUUCAAAUUGUAUUUUCUUCACGAAUCCACUAUGCAUACAAUAGAUUAUUUAAGAUUACAACCAAUGACGUCAUGUCAUGUUAAAGUCCUAACUUGUUUUUUUAUCUUUGCUCAUCCUGCCGUUGAAAUAAACAUGUAUUCUCACAUUAAAUAUUUGGAAGUAUUGACUAUGUCAAAAGUUGAUAGUUUAAUUCAAAAAGGUUAUAUAGUGAGGUAUCUUUCUUCCGAUGUCCAUGCCAAGAAUAUUGUACUUACGUAAAAUAAUUUCAUAAUAAAAUGUAAUGAUAUUCAAUAUUUUAUAGGAUUGAUUUAUAUAUUUGAGGGUAUAGAAGUACCUUAGCUGGGUAAUUACAGAAAAGUACUGAUAUAAAAUAAGUAUAGGUAGUCGAUAGGGGGAUAUAGAAGUUCGUGCAGAGUUACUUAUUGGAUGUUCGUUUGAACAUUUAAAUUUAUGAUAAUAUUUUCAAUGUGAUGUGAUACAUGGCAAUGUUACCUUAUAUUAUUUUUUAAAUUUAAUACUUUAAAUGAGAUAAGAAUCUCACUUUUUUUUUUUGAAAUUUGUAAUAUCGUCAUGAACUUAAUAUAUAUGUGCACUAAUAUUGAUAUUUAUUUAGUCAUGCAUUUUUUUAUUUAAUCGUUUUAAAUUAGAGCAUAAUAAGCUAGUUGAUGUUAUUUUCGAUAUGAUAUAAUUAUGUUUGAUAUGUGUCCGCGAAUAGCUGUGUUCUGCUAUUAACAAUACUGAAUUCACGUUAAAUACUCUUGUAUAGUGCGGAUAUUAAUGCGUGUGUAUAAAAAUGACGUAUGUACACAUGUUGGUCAAAUGCAGAAAUUUUCCAAUUGUGGAUCUCUACGAAGUAUGGUUAAGUAAUUAAGCAGAUUGCUAAUAAUGUUCAAUAUGAAAUUUAGUUUAUUGUGUAUUUUUAAAUUGUCAAAUAUUAUGUUGUUUUCAGUUUUUGAUAUAUUUAUUUUUAUUUAUAGUAAACGGCUCGAGAGCUCAUGCUCACGAUGCAAAAUAUAAUCAAUGGUUGAUGAUAAUUUUAACGAAAUAUUUUUUGUAAAGGCAAUCUUUUAAACUUAAACACGUCUCUUUAAGUAUUAUAUUUAUACGAGGAAGUAUUAACUAACUGUGACAGACUUAGUUACUUACGUAGUAUACUUUUCACAAUAAAACAUCACAAUAUCACAAUGGAAUACGUAUCUUUAUAAAUAUAUAUAUAAUGAUAGAAUAGAUUAUAAUAUUUCUAAUAGCAAUACAUCAACAAAAAACCGUAUUUUGUGACCUAUGAUAAUUCAAUGUGCCUAAAAUAUAUUUCGAUAUAUAACAAUGUUUUCUAAAAUAAUCGUAGAAUAUGAUAAUACCACCGGUUCUUCCAAGUUAGUUGUGCCAAAUAAUUUUGUUCUAAAUAUUAUAUUUAUUAUUUCAUAAUAUACAAGUACUUAUUGGUAGUGUAAGACAUUUUUCUAUUAAUAAAAGUUAUAUUGUAUCACAUUUAAUAUUAUUGUAAUUUUUUUAAUAACUUUAAAUUCAAUUGUAGAACGCAUGUUAACGAAUUCAAACCUUAUAGAUAUCUGAUUGAAUAAUGUAAUCCAGUUAUAGUUAAAAGGUCCACUUUUUGGUCCGAAUCCGUAAAAACAAUAUAGAAUAUUUAUAUUAUUGUAUUGUAUUUUUAUAGUAUUAUUAGUCAUAGUAUGCACAAAUACACUUAAAACAAUUAUCAAUCGUUCUUCCGAUCAACGAAUAAUUCUAUCUUGUGCCUUUCGCGGCUUGCUAUUAAUUACGUGGAAUGAAAUAAUACGAAGGAAUUAUUAUAAUAUCGUCGCUUUAUCUUAGAAGAUAUUUCUGUUGAAUAUCGCAAAAGUUCAUCGAUAAUUCUAAAACGUAUUUAUAGCCUCCAACAAUGAACAAGGAAUGUUUGUUCAACAUCAUGUUUAUUCGUAUUAAAAGGUUUUGAAUAAGUGGAAUACAUAUAUAUAUAUUUUUGAAUACUGGAGUAUUUUAUAUUGUUUUCAGAUGACCAUAUCUUUUAAGGUAAAAAUAGGAAUCGUAAGAAUCUAGUCUGUUUAACUUCUUCUAUUCGUUUUUUAACUUAAAAUUAAUAUAAAAAUUAGUUACUAGUUAAUGUAUUUUCAACAAUUGAAUUCUGUAAGGGUAGAUCUUAUUUCUAAUCUCAUAAUAUCAUGGUGUUUUUUUUUUGGACAACGAUAUAUGUAGCAAGUGUAUAUAUAAUAUAGUUUCUAAGCACAUUAAAAAACUCGUAGUGAAGUAAAUGUAUCAACUAGUUACACAGAUCAGAUACUCGUUAACUUUAUCUUGUACUAGCUGUUACCCGCCGACUUCGCUGGGUAAAAUGAGGAAGGAGGAUCGAAGAAAAAAAAAAAUAGUCUAUACCCAUCUACGUACGAC